UCACUCCAGUUCAAAGGAAGUGGCUGUCCUACUCAACUCUGGGUGUCAUGCUGUUUCUGUUGGAAUUACAUCCAAACUUCAGAUGCUGGUAGACCCUGAGCCUGGCUGCAGGUGGUGGCUGCAUUCCGUGGUGGAAUAAGAAUGACGUCUCCCUGCAGACCAUUGCACUGACUGCAGCCUUACCUCGCCUGAAGCCUUGGGGAAAAGAUACACAAAAACCCCUCCAACAUCCAGAUGGUGCAUUGAGAGGUUGGAGUGAGGAGAAGCUCUGGAGUUCCCUGCCUGCACAGAAGCAGCCAGAGCCACUUCCAAAAGCUACACAAAAGAGCCUCUGUCACUGCUGAUGAGAGAUCCUUUUGAAGCUUAGGAGUCAUGACUGGCAGCAUUUCAUAUCUGACCAUCUUUAGGUUUGGAGCAAUGAAGAAUGGGAAAGAAGAAAAAGAUGGGAAAGGAGAGAGCAGGGGAGAAAAAAGGUGAAUGUGCUGUUGUUGCUACAUAGAGACCUGGGCAGCUCAGGUGUUCUGUGCUUAAAUCACUGACUUUUAGUUAACAAAUUCCAGAGAAAGGACCCUCAAUCAGGAGAAUUGGCCGCUGCUGUUUCCUUGCAUUGGAAGGGAAAUAAUGCUCCAUUCUACCUUGGCCUUGUCCCUCCUACUAAUUGCAAUCACUUCCAACCUUGCAAUGGCAAUUAAAAAGGAAAAAAGAGCACCUCAGACACUAUCAAGAGGGUGGGGAGAUGAAAUUACGUGGGUACAGACUUAUGAAGAAGGGCUUUAUCAGGCAAAGAAAAGUAACAAGCCACUGAUGGUAAUUCACCAUUUGGAAGACUGUCAAUACUGCCAAGCACUGAAGAAAGCUUUCGCAGAAAAUGAAGAAAUACAGGAAAUGGCCCAAAAUAACUUCAUUAUGCUGAAUCUCAUGCAUGAAACCACAGAUAAAAACCUGUCACCUGAUGGACAAUAUGUGCCUCGAAUCAUGUUUGUAGACCCAUCUCUCACAGUAAGAGCUGAUAUCACGGGAAGAUACUCCAACCGGCUUUACACUUACGAACCGCAGGACAUGAUGUUCCUAAUAGAGAACAUGAAGAAAGCACUACGCCUCAUUCAGACAGAAUUGUAACCAGUAAGAGUGAAAUUAACAUAACAUCCACGAGGUGAAGCUGCACCUCUCUGCCUCUACUUGCAAACUGAGCUUUUAUCAAGCAGAUUUUGUUUAUCAGAUUUAAGAAAUGUAUAUGUACAACUUGGAGAACAAAGACAGAAAGACUAAAGCACCCAUUUGGAAAACAUGAGGAGAAAUAUAUUAAACACUUUGAAAUUAAUAAUCUAAAUAACUAAAAAUGAUGGGUUUGAGUGCAGCAAAUUCGAGCUGUAUUUUAGCAAUCCAACUAUGACUCUGUUAGGUUAGCUAUGACUUCUGAAGAGGAGUUACAAGCAACUUUUUUUUUAAUGUCUAUUUGCAAUUUAUUACAAGAGUUAAUAUCUGCAUCUUGCCUCUCCAUUUUAACUUCUAUUGCAAGAAGCUUAUUAGUUGUUAAUGUACCCCUGCUUUAUACAGUCAUUUCUUGUUAAAUUAAAGGAAACUUUGCUGUCAAAUCAGG